AUGAUCUUUUAUCUGAUUGAAUGUCCCAAUGAACGAUUAAUUUUGGAUCAAAAGAAAGCAUACUUCAAAUGGGAGGAACGUUCCAUAUAUCGAAUUAUUUUGAAUAUUGAAAAAGUUAUACGACAAAUUCGAUCCAAAUAUGGCAAUAAUCGAUUAGAACUCAAUAAAAGUAUUCGAAUUUAUAAACGCUUUGCGUUAAAUGGAAUUGAUAAGGCUGUUUAUUGGUAUAUCCUAAAUAUGUAUCAUUUGUCGGAUCAGGAAAGUAAUAAAGCUAAAAUAUUGCGAUCAGAACAUCCGGAAAUUAUAUGGCUUCAUCAUUUUAGUAACAAUUUUGGUCAAAUGUAUGCCCUUCGAAAUUAUACUGAACAGCUAUCAUUAAGAUAUUGGGAAAUUGCGCUGGAAGAGAAUGCUAAUGCAAUCGUUGUUCGCCGCAAAAUGAAUGCUGCAUUGUUUCGUUUCAAAACUUUAACUGGUUUAACUCAUCUCUUUACUCCAACCUGGACAUUUUGGAAUGCAUUGUUCUUAGCUGUGACAACAUAUACAACAAUCGGUUAUGGUAAUAUAACAGCUAAUAGCAAACUUGGUAGAUUAGCAAUAAUGUUUUAUGCAACAAUCGGUAUACCACUUCUAUUAACUAUUUUGCAUAAACUUGGUCGACAAUCAUUUCGAAUUUUGGAACAAUUUUGGAUUCAAUUCCUGCGUUUAUUGGAACAUAUAGCGGGAAUAUGUUUCGGUAAACCGAUAAAAAAGAAAAAUCAAAACAUGAUCCAUAAUGGUAAUGUUCCACUAUUACUACCGAUUGGUAUUACUAUAGGAUGGGUAUUCCUAUGUGCUGCAGUUUUUUUGAAAUUUGAAAAAGAUUGGGAUUACUUUAAAAGUUUUUAUUUUUUCUUCUGUUCACUUACAACUAUCGGUUACGGUGAUGUGACACCAACAAAUUCGGUGGAUAUGUUUGUGAUAUUUGGACUGAUAAUGAUUGGACUUGCAUUAUUUAGUAUGUGUAUCAGUGUUCUUCAAAUUAAGCUCGAAUGGUUAUUUGAGGAAUUGCUGGUAACGUUAUUGGAAGAGUAUAAAGAAAAAGGUGUUCCACUUGAAAGAAUAAAAGUUCCGACUAAAAUAGAUCUUCUUUCCUUAUGGCGUAUAAAACGUAAACGGAAAACUCAAAAAACUGAACGUAAGGUUAUCUUCGCAAGUACUGUAUUACCACGAUUCAAACGUGAUCAGCGAGCACUAUUAGAACAUAUACGUCAUGCAUUUUGCAUGGUAAACAAGGGUACCCAGACUGACAGACAUAUUACUCAAGCAUGUAUAAAUAUGGAUAAUAGCAGAUAUUUCGAUGGAGUAUCCUGGUCUGAACUAUCGAUGUUGCCUACGACAGAAAAUGAUUUACCUCCUAUUAAAGCCAAAAUUAUGAAAAAUAUAGAUCAUCAAGUAGUAAUUGUAUCAUCGGAAAUAUGUAAAGCACAAGAAUUAUGUAUGACAACAGUUACCGAUACAUCAGUUAUGUCACGGAAUGCUUCGAUUCGAAAUGGUCAACAAUCAUCUUCAGUAGACGACGAAUCAGAAAAAUGGACAUUUGUUAAAACCACGGAAAGUACGCCGUUUCAAUCACGAACUGUGGAAGAGCCGUGUUACAUGUAUACAAGACCAAAAACUAGACGGAUAUAUACCGAUGAAUUGCAUCGAUUAAUUGCGGAGGUAAAAGCACGAAUUGUUGAUUGUCGUGCAUUGGCUGAUAGCAAAAGUAGUGCGCAAUUCGGCGGUGCUGGUCAAUCUUCAUCCAAUACAAAUAAUUCUUGA